AUGAACCAGACUCAACCUUUUCCUCUACAUCCUCAACGUCACGGGACAUCUAUCGGGCUGAAACGAUUCGCGAUUACAUAUAUGGCUAGAUCUUCGACGUCGUUUGCGCCGACUCCGCCGGUCUCGGCGCAAGCAGAACCCACAUCGAGCGGCUCGAGUUCUCCGACGAAACGCACCUUUCAGAGCACGCUCUUCAACGUCAAGUUUGGUGCUCAGCGUGCCAAGCUGACCGCCACCAAGACGGACGGUACCAUCGCCAAGCGCACACGCUCGCAUUCUACGAUCACAGAUGAGGACGAACAUUUGGGGAAACGCUCUCGCCCAAAUCCAGAGGCUUCCACCUCAACACCGUCCGCCGCGCCACAAUAUCAUCACCGAGGACCCUUCCACCAAGUGACGCGAUCCGUUUUCUGCGCCGCCUACAAAGUGUCCGACCUUCCUGAUGCCGAGAUCUACUACAAGCCAGACUUUAUUGACCGCUCGCUCGCCGAAGAAUGGCGUUCUCAACUCGACAAGCUGCCCGAAUGGUAUCGUCCCAAACUCAAAGUGUACGGUCGAGAGAUCACGCAAAGCAGAGAGAUCGCUGCCUACGCAACCGCUCCCGGCCUCCACCUCAAAUACAGCGGUCACCCAGUCGAACUUCACUAUCCUUUCCCACCUCUACUCAACCACAUCGCCUCGCUCCUCUCCAGCGACGACUGUUUGGGCGAAAAUGUCAAGUUCAACCACUGCAUGCUCAAUCGCUACGACGACGGAAGCGUAUACAUCGGUAAACACUCGGAUAACAUAGAAAACAAGGUCAUCGUUACAGUCUCGUUAGGAGCUGAUAGGAGUUGGAUCAUGCAACGCAAAUCACCCAGGAACAAGGCUGGCAAGCAGGAGGUGAAAGCGGAGGAGGUAAAGAAGCGUUGGACAUUGGCCGGAGGUAGUCUGCUCGUGAUGCAGGGUCAGACGCAGAAGUACUAUACCCACGAGAUUCCCAAGGAGCUCAAAGUCAAAGGUCCAAGGAUCGUAAGCACCGCAUUCCAAGUGGCUACCUGA